AUGCCUCUGCGAAUUAGUCCAAGAGCAAAUAUCACUGAAGGAAUUCAGACAAUUGUUGAUGCUAUUCAAAUAAUUAGGGCUAAUCAGCAAGCAUAUUUGAAACUAGAAGAAAAAUUAAAGCGAUUUAAUUAUAUUUUACAAAAUACAGAAAAUCAAUUGGAAGCAAAACCUUCAGUUAACGAUAUAUUGACUCAAUUAAACCGAACUAAACAAAGUGCCGAAAAAUUUCUUAGCCAAUAUAAUGGCCUAGAUUGUUUUGAUAGAAAUACCUUAUAUGACUUAAUAAAGACAGAUUUGGGACUGCUUAAUAAAAACUUAACACAAGACGUAAUUAAUACAUUAUUAUGUGGUUAUGUAGAAAUUCCUCAAAACAAACUUGAAGCUCAUAUAGAUGUCAGAAACGAAGAUACACAAAAACUAGAGAAAAAAUCAUACACAAUGAGUGAUUUUGACUUAUUAUUCAACCCUAUAAGAGAAUACUAUAGAAAGACAUUCUCUCGAAUUGAACGUUUAGUUAAUCGAGGAAAAGAUUAUUCCAUUGAUAAUGCUUAUAUUAAUCUGUCGAUUCAACUAUUCAAUGAUAAUCGUAAACGCCUGUUAGUACUUGGUCGUGCAGGGAUUGGAAAAACAACAUUUUGCCAAUAUAUUGCGUAUCAAUGGGCCAGGGGAAAAUUAUUUCAACAAUUCCGAUGUAUUCUGUGGAUUCGAUUUCGUUUUCUAAAUGCUACACGUUAUCCAAAAAAGCCGAAUAAUGAACAGUAUACACUGACAGACAUUGUUGAAAAAGAAUGUUUUCCGAACAAGCUCACUGAUGACGGUCUGUCUGUCCUGCGUUUUAUUCUUGGUGAAGUACGUCAAGCUGUUUCGACCACUUCAUCCACAAUACUUUUAUUAUUAGACGGGUAUGAUGAAUUAAAGAUUUGUGAGCAUUUGCAAAAUCUUAUCGACCCUCUAAUGAAAUCUCCGUAUCAAAUAUUAACGUCUCGCCCAUAUAAUACUAAUUCUCUUAAAUAUGAUGCUCAAAUGGAAAUAAUCGGUUUUAGGAAUGAGAACAUUGAAAAAUAUACAAACAACUAUUUUACUCCCCAUGAACCACAAAAGUUUAAACAAUUAUUAACAUUUUUGAAAUCUAGAUCAAAUAUAUACGGUAUCGGUCAUAUACCAAUUACAUUAGAGUUAAUCUGUAGUGCAUACAGAGAAGAAAAUAAACAAGACACAAUAACUCACGGAACAACAAUCACAAUAACAAGUGUUUAUAGUAUGAUAAUUGAAUGGUUAUAUAGAACAUAUUUGGAAAAGUUUGAUAACUGCGACUCAAGCCAUUUGAUUUUGAAAGAUAAAAGUGAAGUUGUAGAAGAUUGUAGUGACAUACUAGAUGUGAUAGCAAAUAUUGCUUUUAAAGCAAUGAAAAAGAGGAGUUUAAUUCUUGAUAAGACAUUAAUUGAGAAAGAAUUGAGAAACGUUUAUCCUAAAAGACCGUCAGAAAUGCUAAAGAAAUUACUCAAUAUCGGAGUCGUGAAGUCGUUAACAACACAUCAUGAGAGCACCGAUGUUGAAGCUGCUAAAGAUUAUUAUUUUCUUCAUUUGAGUUUUCAAGAACUUUUUGCAGCACGAUACUUGGUGAAUGCUCUACAAGAUCCGAAAGGUCAAUAUUAUCAAGAAGCGGUCAACUUUAUCCAGUGUGAAAAGUAUAAUCAACGUUAUUUACUGGUGUUCAGCUUUACAUCGGGUCUAUUAAGUGCAAACGACUCUUUAUCAUUAUCAUGCUUAGAAACAUUUUGGCAAGCAAUGACAUCUGUUCCAUUAGACCUGAUCGGCCCAAGGCACAUGCAGCUGGUUAUCCGAUGUCUUGAAGAAGCUGGCACCGACGCUAGAAUUCCUCAACGGGCAUUAUGGAUGCAGCAUAUAUCGAAGUGGCUACAAUGCGCUGCAAACGAUAACGACGGUGAUAGGCUUUUCUCGUGGUUGAUUAGAUCUCUUCAACAGAGCCCUUUAGUUCUACGUGAAAGGAUAAUAGUCAACACCUUGAAGGACUUACUUCAGAAUAAAGAUCACGAUGUGAGACAGAAAAUGAGCAAAAUAAUUCUCCAUUUGGACGUCAAUGGUGACUUGUCGGACUUGAAAAUCGAGCUGCUGGCUGCUCUUAGCGAUGAAAAUACACAUUUCAGACGGAAUGAAGCUGCAGCUCUCCGAAAACUAGGAAAUGCAGCCACGCCAGACGUGAUCAAAGGAUUGUUGGCUCUACUUAGCGAUGAAAAUAGUGAUGUCAGACGUGCUGCAGCUGAAGCUCUAAGACAAAUAGGUGGAAGUGCAGCCACGCCGGACGUGAUCAAAAGAUUAUUAGCUAUACUUGACGAUGGAAAUGCAUGCGUCAGACAAAGUGCAGCUAAAGGGAGCGAUGAAUUAUUUAGAGCAAUUAUUGAAGCUUUUGCUGACGAACGUAGGAGCCUUGUCCUGCCUUGCAUGCUUCCUGACUGUGAUGUUUCCCAACCGAAAUUGUAG